UGGUAAUAUACAGCUUUCGAUAACUUUCCGCAUAACACUUUGUUGCUAUCUCUUUAGUAAGAAAAUUUAAUAUUCUUAAAAUGUAAUAAUUUGCUAUUAUUGUCAAAUCAAUUGGGAUUGCGAAAACGCACGCUCCAGCAAAUAUUGUGAAUUAAGAUGGCUUCAUCGGAAAACAGACGCGAUAUGAUGCAGUCGACUGCACCAAGUUAAAAGUGAAAGUCUUUUCAAGCAGAGUGAGGCGAUUUGGGUCGGCAAGCAGUUUAAUCGUGAACCAUUCAUUGUCAGUCUCGAAGGCCGCGAACUUCUGCGGGCGCAUUAACACGCAAUUUACAAUUUACAUAAACAUUAAAAACGCUGCUCACAAUUUAAAUUAACAUUGAAAAUGCACUUUACAAUUUUCUUAAUUGUUUAUAUUUAACCUUUUGCAAUUUUCUUUCAUUUUAAACUGUUAUUUGUGUAGUUGUGGCACUUGCUUUUUGUAAUUGCGAACGCCUAAACAUAACAACAGAUUUUACACAGAAUGUGGUUCUGACAAUAAAACGGCCCUAACUUAUCAUGGUAUUGUUAAGCUGCUACGGAUGGCAUGCCGUUAUUGUUUUCAUGGCCUGUUUGGCACACGGUCUAUCACAGUCAGAAUACAACGACGACCGUAUUCCGUGUGUAACCGGUAAGCCAGCCCUAAUUCGGACGGAGCUCCGCUUUGCCCGAAAUUUGGACCCUUCGAAGGUACAAGUAGUGAACGUCAAGUCCAGCAAGGGGGAUAAUGUAGAGAUUCUGGUCGGUAAGAACAGUCACAAGGCUCGCGCUGCGGAUGCGGAUAAAUUAUUUUUUGUGCGAAACGCAUACUUAAAGCGGCCCCUAAAUCCUCCAAUGGGCAAGGAUAUCGCCUUUCAACAUAGUCCAGCAUUGCUUAAGCAGAGUGAGCUAGCUCUGCAGAAUACCGCCUCUCGGCAGCGCAAGGUUGAGGCGGAGCAGCGCCAAGCUAAGCUUAUCCAGUUGCAGCUGGCCAAAACAAAUAGUAAAGCAAUUGAAUAUCAAGCAGUGCAGUAUGGUUCUCGUCAUGGUCGUAAACUCGCUAUGGACCUUAUCUGGAAACCCGUCCAAACUAAUGCCCAGUUACUAACCCAAAAGAACAAUUCUUUAGCGUCAAAUCUUCGGAGGCAAUCUUUUGAUGUGCACGACACUGUGGAGAUUCUGCCACGACGGCAGCGAAAAGUGCUAGGAUCCACGGUCGGUUUGUCCAGGGACAUAGACUUCAUCGCUUCCGACUUCCAAGAAUAUAGGGACAAUCGUGCCUAUGACAAGAGUGGGUCGAGUCAAGGAUACCAGCCCCAAAACCUUAUUACCAAACAUAAUUUCGAAUCCCUGCCUCAGGAGUCAAAGUUUGUUACCUACGUACCCCACUCUUUAGUGGUGACGUCAAUGGGAGUCGACUUGCCCGCAUACACACGGCAUCCAGAAAAUAUUGGCGGUUACGAGAGUCCACACCACAACCCUAUUGGACAAAGCAUGCACAGCGUCGUGGACGGUCCCGCUAUCACACUGAUCGAGGGCGUCCGAGUACCGGACAGCGCAGAGGACAAGACUAAGACCUGGCGUAAUGCCCGCGUGCUGAACAACCGAUUGGUGCCAUAUCCAGACGGUUACACGCCGCCGAGAGUUCAGAUGCCAAGUUUCGAACGUUAGACGGGAAUGGUGUAAAUCAGAACGACGGAUGUUGGGUGAUAAACGGCUAAUGCUAUUUAUUGAUUUGAUUACACUUAAGCUAUUUAUAAUCUUUUAAUUAAAUUUUCCAAGGAAAA